GUACAAUUUACAAACGUGCAAGUAAUGUUAUGCGAUAAUAAUAAAGGCAUCAACACGACUUUUGUUGAGCAGCAACUCGGUUUCUACCUUCACUCCAGUUUACCGAUAGUUACUUGAGAUGGCCUCAGCACCUCAUGAUAGUUUACUGAGCAUUGGCAUAACACAAAGACCUGAUCAGUUGAAUGACUCUAACACAAGAAAGCUGGAUUCAUCAUCAUCAAUUCCAUGCAGUCUGCAUAGUCCAACCGGCAUGUUUGGUACAGGAGCAACAACAAUGACCAAGGAAGACAGAGAAAAAGCGCAAGAUAGAAUUCUUCUAGAACCCUAUGCUUACAUCCUGCAAGUUCCUGGCAAGAAGAUUCGCAUCAAGCUGACCAAGGCUUUCAACCAUUGGUUGCAGAUUCCUGAUGACACAUUGGACAAAGUCAGUGAAAUUACUCAGAUGCUGCAUAAUGCAAGUUUAUUAAUUGACGAUAUUGAAGACAACUCCAAGCUACGACGAGGCAUUCCUGUUGCCCACAGCAUAUUUGGUACAGCACAGACCAUCAAUGCAGCAAACUAUGUGUACUUUCUAGGACUACAGAAGACUAUCGAGUUAGGUCACCCAAAGGCUACUACAAUAUUUAUGGAACAACUGCUUCUUUUACACCAGGGACAGGGCAUGGAUAUAUGGUGGCGAGAUGCCUUCGUCUGUCCAACAGAAGAUGAAUACAAGGAAAUGGUGUUGAAAAAAACUGGAGGUCUGUUUGGUUUAGCAGUGAGACUGAUGCAACUCUUCAGUGAAAACAAAAGUGACUUCACUCCACUCAGCGAUAUGCUUGGACUUUACUUCCAAAUCAGAGAUGAUCUUGCCAACUUACAGUCCAGAGAGUAUACCGAGAACAAAAGCUACUGUGAGGACUUAACUGAGGGCAAGUUUUCCUUUCCCAUCAUCCAUGGGAUUCUUAGCAGACCUGAAGACAACCAAGUCAUGAAUAUACUCAGGAAAAGAACGACAGAUGUAGAGAUAAAAAAAUACUGUGUGGAUCAUCUGGAAAAGAUUGGCUCUUUUGACUACACCAAGAAAGCUCUUGUGGAGUUAGAGGAGAUAGUCCUACAUGAGAUGUCCAAGCUAGGUGCUAAUCCCUACUUAGAAGCAAUGUUAGAGGAACUCGGUAAGCUCUACAAGGAACCAGACCAAUGACAAGGGAUGUUAUAGAUUGCUUCAAGAAAACAGCAUUUUGCUCUUGAGAUCUUUCCUUCAGCUCUCAGCUGUUCUUGGAAAUGCUUCCAAAUUCAGAACUUCAGUUUUGUUUUACAAUCUAUGCAGGCCAUGUUAAAUAAAAUGUGCAAUAUACACCUACACAGUCUUGAACAACUGUGUCUGUGUCCUAUAAAUUGUAAUUUUAAAAAGUGAAGUCUCUGAAUGUCAAACUGUAGUAGUCACAGGCAUCACCAGGAUAUUUUAAGGGCAUGUUUUUUCUAGUAUUGGGAGGAGGCAAAGAACUCAUCAGAAUGGCAGACUAAGAGCAACAAAAGAAGGGAUUGGUCUUGAGGACAGCUUAUUUGAAAACUUGGUGUGUAAAGAUACAAAAAAAGGUUUGUUUUUGAAAAAGAUUAUCACCUUUGCCAUUAAAAUAUUUUCAAUCAUGAUACAUUGCUUGAAAAUCAAAAGGGUCAGCUGAUACUAAAAUUGCCAUUGUGGAAAUCUUCAAAUUGGUGAAUUGAGAAGAAAUAUCUCUAUGCACUUGAUGGAAUUUCAGGGCAAAAAACUUGCUGUUGUAUAUAUUUUUAUUUGUAAUUCAUAACCAUCAUAAAAUACACUCUUUUUAAUAUUACAAUUGAUUAAUUUCAAUAACAGUAAAUAGCUCCCUAAUUAAUGCAGUAAUUGAUCCAAGCUACAUGUAUUUUUUUUCUUGUGGAAAAAGGGAGAAAGGAGAGGCGCAAACAGUUAGUGGCCUAAACUUGGCGGCAGUGAUAGAACAUGUACACAUAUUUAAAACAUUUAAAGGAGGUUUUACUGAAUGACUCACUGAUAAAUGCAGACACAACAGCCUGAUUAGGACCAUGUCAACCCAGUGCAAGAGCACAUUGAUGCAGAAGAAUAUGCCGAGUGUAUGCAUGAUUGUAAGUCAAAUUUCAGCAUCCAAAUGUUGUAAUUAAGGGAUGAGCAAUUUAAUUUGACAUUUAUGGGCCAAAAAUAUUGCUUGAAGGAUUAUCAAUGGAGAAAUAGUUAUAAUGAACAUCACAUUGGAAUGUAGCUGGUAAGCUGUUUCUACUGAAAGAAUGCAUCAGGAUAGUAAACCUCUGCAGUAUGUCAGCAACCUCAACAAAUUCUUGGUAAACUCAUGGUCAUUCUCUGCAUUAUUGUAUCUGUGGGUGGGUUCGAGUGAGCUACUCAAGUUAUUAAACACGAGUACACUCCUGAGGGCUCGAACGGGUGGAGUAUGACCGGAGGGUCAGCAAGAGUAUACUCUCGCUAGAGGGGGGAGUAUACUCCUGUACCCGAGUGUAAUGUGCACACAUCCUACUCGUGUUAACAGGAGUAACCACGCGAACGCACCCUGUAAGGUGCCAAAGCUGACCUUUCACCCAAUUAGACUAUUUGAAGUAUUAGAAACACUAAAGGAGGGUGCUAUGUGGUUUGGGUAAAAUCUUUUGUUUUGUAAUAGCGAACUUCAAUAAUGCUUCAAAAAGGCUCACAAGCUUGGUCUGCCAACUGACUGAUACAUGGUAUACUUUUUUAAAAGUUGUUCAUCAGUGUCCUUUAUUUGCUAGUUUUAUGUACAUGACUACAUGUACAUCUCAACCUAGAAAGAUCUGAAGACCACAGUUCAAAUCCAGUUUAACACUCUUCUCCAUGGUCAGAAGAUAAAAAUGACUUAAAAACAAACCACUCUAGAAGUAAUAGCUGCUAAAUAACGAUUGAAACAAACUGUAUGUUCAUGCUUUAAAUUUAACAUAUGGCAACUUAACUCAAAAAAGAAAAAAAAUACCCUUGUGUUUACUAAAAACAAUAACUGAACUCAAGGAAAAAAUUUGUAUUCCGAUUCCAGAAAAAAAUCCUAUGUGACAGUGCACACUUUCUACAAAUGUUGAGGGAUUUGAACCAUUCUUCAGGUUUUUCACCAAGAGAUAUCCUAAAUAAUUAUAAACCUUUAGAAUGUUUAAACACCAAUACAGUCUUAUUUUUGUUGUAUUACAUUCAAGUGAUAAUCAACACAUGACUAAACUCAAUCAAUUUUUGCUUGACGAAUGAUAACCCUUUCCAAAACAGUAAUUAAACAAUGGCACAAUUGUGACUACUCUUGUGACCAGUUUAAAUACACCUGUAUGCCCCUCUAUUCUUUGAUAUAAAACUUGACGUGUAUGGUGCAGGUAUUUACAGUGAAAGGCUUGUGGUUCAUUGUCACAAAUAACUGCAGCACGUCUCUGCCUAUGUAUGCACAUUGCUGAGUUACCUGUACUAAAAAGAAAUCUACUUCACUGACACAGAAAAAGCUACAUGUACAUUGUAAGUGCCUGGUAGUUACACCUCCUGAUCUUGAAGCAUCACUAUUAACUCAGAAUCCUUCAGUCUGGCUACUGAUUGGUGUGACUCUGCUGGGGUGACAUUAUGUGAUAAUUUCAUGCUUCAGUAUCAUCUAAAAGCAAUGGUAAUAAUCAAUGCUUAAUUUCUAAUGCCGCUGUGAAAAAAAGUAUUCAGCUCACACAUCCUAGUGAUUGUCUUUCCAUCGUCAUGCAGCUAUCAUUUACAAAACAAAAAGGUUUUGUAAAUCAUUCAAAUGGAAACGGAUAAAUAAGAGCAACAUAUUAAUAACUGUAACAGUCCCACUAAACUACCAACCAAUAAUACAAAGCAGCAUAAGAUUGCUAUUAAAAUAUUCACACUGGCUGAUGAAUUAUGCAUCAUUACAAUCAUAAGGAGCUCCAGUCACAGUCCUCUCCUGUCAAGUAACAAUGCAUAUGGCACAAUUCAUUUACAUAUACUGGCAAGCUGAUAAAGCAAACAGAAGCAUCAGAGAGUAGUGAACUCUACCAAUAAACCACUCACUGUGACUAAUCUAUGCCUGAAUGACAAAUUCAACUACCUCAAAAUCUGCUACACGAUAACGAGUUCAUACACAAAAACCAAGCUUAAAGUUUCCUGUCAGAAUGCUAUAAUACAAGUGGUAAGUCAGCAAAUAUGAAAUGUCUAACUUCGAAAUCUUUGCAACAGUAGGCCGUGCAUCGUACUGCAGAGUAAACAAUAUCAUGAGGACAUCACAUAACAAAUAAACCUACAGUUGCAAAGAAAUUAUACCCAGUUCUGAAACAUUAAUUAACUCUUAAGCACUCUGCCCAAAAUUUGGUUGUAUAAUGGCACUGAGCACAACAAUUUUUGCACUUGCAGCAAAACGCACAAUAUGGUUAGCCUCACCUGCAUUCUUGGGAGGCCUGCAUACUGCCCUCUAUCAUGCAUAUAUGCAGUAUAUAUCUCAUGGGCACAAUUACAACAAAAAAGUACAAUUAUGAAAGGCCAUAGCUCUGACCAAGCCAUGGUGCUGUAUUGCUAAUAUCAGGAACAUACAGACCCAAACAUCCCACAGAGGGAACCAGUUAUCCAUACUUCAUAGCUUUGAUCCAAUGAUCAUCACAGAAUUUAAUAUAAAACAACCUCAUAACAAUUUCAGAAAAUUGCAAAUCCAUUUUUGUUCCUAGCCUGAGAAGUUCCCAUAUUCAAUCAACAGUAUGGCCUUGUGGGCAAUGCCAUGUCCAUUCAUUGCAAAACGACAUGGCUCCAUUUUAGAUUUAACCUUAUCCUUACUCAUCACCAUUACACUAGCAUUGGCAAUUACAGGGAAAUUUCUUAACUUCUCGUGUACAUUCAAAAUUGUCAUUUAAAUAACUUAAGCAAAUGCUUACAAGCAUAUUGUUACAAUCAAAGAGUUAUUAAUGGUCACAUUUCUGUGGUACAUUGGAAC